CCUGCUCCCUCAAGGGAUCCCCCGCGGCCCACACAAGCCACUAUCCCGCACAUCAAGAAACGAUCGACGGCGUGUGAAGCCUGUAAGAAACGGAAAAGUAAAUGUGAAGGGUCUUAUCCGUGCAAAAAAUGCAUCCAAGCAAAGUCCGAGUGUGUGUUUUCCGAAGAGCUCGAUCGACGUCGGAAAUUGGCCCUGCGGCAGAUCGAGCAUGACCUGCGUAUCACCUGUCAGUUGCUCGAGCAGAUGGUGGCCGCCUACGACAGUCAGGAUAGGGCAGAGCUGGAUCGCUUGUUCCGCACUGCGAAAGACCAGGUUGCGCGCGGCAACCACGGCUUCACAUCGACUGGGACGAAAUCCGCAUCAACCCUUCAGAAAACCCGAUUCCGGUCAAUCACCUCUUCUUCCUCUACGAGCUCCGCCGACAAGUCCGAAACGCUCAAGGGAGAUAUCAAUAAAAAUGAGCGCCGCCGCGCAACUGGCUAUAUCGGAAAGAGCUCGGAAAUUGCGUGGCUGCAGAACCUAGGUGCCGAUGUGGAUGACCUCGACUUUCUGGGUACCAAUCUCCAACCGCGAGUCAAGGAGGAACUGAGCACGCUCAGCUAUCACCUGGAUCAUAUGAAUUUGUCCGGAAUCAACCCGGGUGACCUACAAGCACUCCCGCCACGAUCACGCGGUGAUAACCUCGUCAACAUCUACUUUGCAAAAGUGGAUUCGUCAUUCCCGCUUCUCGACAAGAGCCUUUUUUGGGCCCAGUAUGAUUAUGCCUUCUGCAGCCCGACGCCCCCUCAGAAAAAAUGGUUGGUGAUUCUGAAUCUGAUCUUUGCUAUCGGAUCCAAGUAUCUGCAAAUACACAACCAAUACUGGACAGAUGAAAUCGACGACCGUGUUUUUCUGUCGCGGGCAAUGGCCCUUAACGCUGAUGAGAACUUGCUGGGUGAACAUGCUGAUUUGCAGCAAGUUCAGAUUUGGGCGCUAUAUGCGUUCUAUCAUCUUGCAUCCUCCCAGAUCAGUAGGGCAUGGCACAUGGCAGGACGGUCGAUUCGCUGUGCGAUAGCCUUGGGGCUCAAUACCUGCGAGAACCGGAAUGAUGUCGACUCUGCGUCGCGAGAUAUCCGUACUCGUAUGUGGUGGGCGCUUUUUGGACUGGAGCAACUUCUUUCUGUCAUGACCGGUCGCGAUCCAUGCAUUGACUGGCGAUUUUCAAGUGUUCUGGCUCCUGCCCUAUAUGAAACCUCGAAAGUCGAUCAUCCUCUCACCGACAUGCCGCUAGGCUCUUCUACACAGAAGAAACAGCUCGUCUUUACCAUUCACACCAGCAGAUCCGAUGUGCAGGCAAGAAACCAACUGCUGCAAGCUAUCGAGCCAGGAAACGCAUUAUAUUUCUUCUACAUAACGGAUCUGGCCAUUAUCACCCAUGCAGCGGUCAAUGCAAUUUAUAGUCAGCAUCCCCGACCUGGCUCCCACCGGGAUAGCGGUACCAUUAACACGCGGUAUCAGCGGAAGCUAGAGACCUGGCUAUCAAGCCUUCAUGGUGAUUAUACAUUUGCUGAUGCUCAUGGCCGGCCCCAGAUUGUGGAACAAUCUCCGGAAAGGAUCUCACUGGCACUCAGAUUUUACAGCUCCCAGAUCAUCCUGAACCGUCCGUACAUCACCAGUCCCGACUUUCAGAUAGAAACCGGGGCCCGCUAUCCUCGCUCGCUAUUCCAGGAUGCGACCGCUCUGAUAUGCGUUCAAUCCGCCAUGGACAUGGUCUCCCUAUUCCCUGAUCCGCCGGAUAUGGAGUGGAUGUGUAGGAUGACCAAUUGGUGGACUACCGUGCAUUAUCUGAUGCAGGCGCUUGUUAUCUUGCUGAUCCAGCUCUGCGUUGGUCCCAUAAACGUGGCUCACGAGAAUGGCCAUAUAACCAGCGGCGGAGGCGCCGUCGGAACAGCUGAAGAGCCUGAAGUCAUCCUCCAGAUUUCCAAGAAAUGUAUACGCUGGCUUCAUACAAUCGCCGAACGGAGCCCCAGUUCGCGCCGUGCACUCAUCACCUGCGAGCGUUUUCUGUAUCGUAUUGCUCGUACUCAUGGGUUCGACCUAGAGGGCCUUCCGCCCAUGACCACUUUGUCUGAGCGCACGGCAACCGGUGAGAUGGGUUUGUAUUAUAUGAGUUCCGACCCAACCUCUCCUCUAGUUCAUUCGUUACAGUCGCAGGGCGAGUCCAUGCAGGAUGCGAUACAGACAUGGGGAGCUGACUUUACAAAGUCAGAACCGGAUGCGGCGAAGCAGGUGUUUUCAUCAACAAGUUUGGAUCCGACCUUGCUUGAAGUGCUGGACACAGUGAUGGAGUAAUCCGUAGUUUGGCAUUAUGGAUAAGUGCCAAAGGCCCUUCGUACUGAGCUAUGCUUGCAGAUACUUUUCGUGGAAUAUUAUCAGCCAUAUGGUAUUCUAGUCGAAUAUUUGAUACCUAUACACCACUAUCUCUGUACUGAAUAUGCUCUAGACAUAACAUCCUUGUUAGGAAUAUAAGUA